GUUUCUUAUCGAUAAUUUGGCAUUUGCAUCAGUUGGAAGAAAAAAUUGUUUGUAAUAAUUUCGGAAGAAUCUUUGGUAUUCUGGGAGAAGUUCUAUAGCCGGAAUUCUACAUUUUAUCCAAAAUAACUGCUCUGUCUGGUCAAGCUGAGCGAAAACAAAAAAAAAGUUAUGAGCGAUUGGACGAAAUCACACAAAAACGCAAAUAACGCUAGAGUCGAAAAAAUGACGGAAGACGCAUCAAAGUUUCUAGGCGGUAUUCUUGGUGAUAUAAGCUCAAGAUCAGCAUACACGCAAAUUGCAAUUGGAGCUACAUCAGGAUGGUUUACUGGCUUUGCAACAAUGAAAAUUGGCAAAUUUGCAGCUUUCGCUAUUGGCGGAGGCAUAAUUUUAAUGGAAAUCGCCCAUCAAGAAGGCUUUAUCGAGAUUGACUGGUCUAAAAUUACAGGAAAGCUCGAUAAAGUCACCGACAAAGUUGAAACCGCUGUGACAGGACAAGAGAAGAAUUGGAUUGAAAAGACUGAACGCUUUGUCGAUCGUAAACUUGAUCGUGCAGAGAAUUUAUUAAAGUCAAAAACAAAGAAAGCUAAGAAGUGGUAUAGCAAACUUAUUGGCGACGAAAAUGGACCCAAAGUAAACGAUCUUCAUAUUUUCUUGACGGCAUUUAUAGGCGGAGUUGCAUUAGGCGUAGCUUCGUCCUAAAUGAAUACUCUAUAUGACCUAUAAUGGUAUCCUCAUACCAAGAUACUUCUCUCAUUCAUCACUUAUUCAAUUACUAAUAUUAUUUAGUUUAACUGAGUUUGAUUAUUGUUACGAGAAUACGAUGUAUUUGAUAACCCAACAGUGCUUGCAUAAAAGGCAUCGAACAAUUAAAUAAACAAAAACA